AUGGAGGGGAAAUCGGCCGAUGUUUCGCCCUACCUCCAGCCCAGUUCAUUUACUGCAGCACUGAUAAACUACUUUUCCAAAUACGACUGCAAAGAUGGUCGUGAGGAGACAGCAGCGGCAAUCGGCAGCUUAGCAUCGGCGAGGCACUGCCCAGACGGAUCCCUGCGCAAACGGAAUAAUUUUAAGCAUCUCAACGAACUAGAAAACUACAGAAUCGAAUCCGGUGAAACCAGAUUUGUUACCUUAAUUGACACUCUGCAAAAGAUUUCUGAUGGCAACGCCCAUAGCCACGACGACGAAGUCAGGCUCCCCAAGGGACUUAUUCCCAGGGCCCUUGUCGUAGCAGUCAAGGCCCUGUAUGCACUUAUCCGCGAAAACAUUACUGAAAAAGAGUCCGCUGGACUCUUACUGCAAAUUAUAGCCGAACUGGCAGACGCCCAUGAAACUAUAGACGUCAUAAUGUCCAAUUUCCACGGGCUCUUCAAAUUCACACAACAGGCACCCUUCGACACAGGUCCCAGUCCUACAGGGGAGGUCGCCAACGGAGUACUAUCCAGGGCCAAUCUGGCCCCGGUGGAGGUCCAGGAGGUCCAGUGGAUGUACUCAUACCCCGAGGUGCUGAUCAUGCCCCAGCUAUACGGCAGCUGCGCAAAGGAGCUUCCGGGCUUCGAUAAGGCCCUUGAGGUGGUAAAGGACUUCACAGAAGGGACCCUGGACUACGGCAGGAGGCUCCAUCUCUACUGCGGGCUGCUAUGCGUCGCACGCAGGGCGUACCCCCACGACGUGAAGUUUUUGCCACGCACAGAUUCCAGGAUAGUUUUCAAGACUAGCGCAUAUCGCAAGUUGUUACGUACGCUUUUUAAGAGCAUUAAUUUUGUUGCCAGUCCGCAUGCUGCGGGCGGUGUCUCUGGCGACAGGGGAGGUGUUUCCACGACAAACAUGUUGCUAAUACAGGAGAAUAACCCCACAGUUUCCGUCCUUUUACUGCCUUUUCACGGCGGAGAUCGAUACAAUGAGGCAUUUGCCUUUGCGCAUCUGAGCAAUUGGAGUGAUUUUGGAGAGGCUGUGAUCAAAUAUUUAGAGUGCUCUGGAGCGCUGGAUGGGCCUGGCCGGCUCUCUUCCAAGGUACUAGAGGAGUUUAUUUCAAUCGUCACAAGAAAAAUAGAGGAUUACGAAUUGUGGCUUACAAACAGUCCUAGGGAUGGCCCGCCAUUCCGUUUUCAUCGUGAAUUCGUCAAGCGCGUCCUUCCAAUUCUUGCCAAAGACGCAGAAUUCUAUCCCAAGUUCCACCCCUCAUCGCCGGAAGCCUUGCCCUUCUCCAUACGCUAUCUAUUGGAUAGCAGCAGCUCUACCGUAGAGGCUAAUUGCCCAGAAAAAACUGAUUUGGGAGAGGACGGUCUGAAUGGGCGCCCAGACCCCCAAUUCUACAAGGCGGUAGUCAACAAAUUUUAUGCCAUCCUCCGCAUGAAAUGGCAACAGGGCAAUAGCCCCCCUUUUCCAGCAUCUCUGGUCUCUUUUGGAAGGGUAGUCGGCAGGCUCCUGAGCCUGCCAGCUAUACCAUUGCAAAUGCAGAGCGUAUUUUUGCUGCUAGUAUUAACAUUUCGGGCGCUUUCAUCGCAGGUGCAACCUCUCAAGGAGUUGGGACGCGCAGUGGUUAAAUUUUUGAUAGGCGCUGCGCUCAGCGAGGACUCUCUGCCAAAGAGCUCCAGCUGCGGAGAUGUGGAGCUCGCUCCUGUUCGCGGACUCGCCUGUUACCCGCUGUUUUGCGAAAAGGUUUGUAAGGACGAGGGACUGAGGAAGAUGAUUGCAGAGCUGCCCCCCAGGCCGGAGUUCUUCUGUGAGGUUCAUUACAUGGCUCUAUUGCCCAGGGAGCCCCCAAGGGCGCCCGAGCCGCCGGGCCCAGAGGCCUGCGUUAGCUCCAUUACGGGCCUGGCCAAGCCCGUGCCCUGGACCCAACGGCAGCUGCCCUGGGAGGAGGGCAAGUCUACUAGGCAGGAUUUUAUAGAGUAUCUGGCCGUGGCUACGGGAGGUGGUACGUAUAUAGAGCUGCUGGGCAAGAGCGACAAUUUUUUUACAGAGAACGACGAUCUCCCGCCAUUUCAGUUUCAGUACAUUACGCAUUUGCUCUACAUUGUGGAGGCUGCAAAGGGCAUUUCUGCGUAUCGUGCCUUGCUUAAGACGCUGGGCACUUGGUUGGGUUCAGUAACCCUCAAGCGCAACAAACCAAUUCUCGCGAAGCAAUUGGACCUGAAGGCCCUGUUGUUAUCCGGAUACGAGCGUGGCGUAUUGAUAGCCGUUCUUCCUCUGGUUUGUAAGAUCAUUGAGAAUGUAAAGGAGAGUAAGAUUUUCCGGCUUCCAAAUCCGUGGACAGUGAGCGUGUUGACGGCGGUGGCCCACCUUCACCGGUUGCCGCGACUGAAGAUGAAUCGCAUAUUUGAGAUAGAACUCCUUUUUAAGAACCUUGAGCUUCCUUCGCCCAAAAUUUGGCUCUCUUCUUCUUCCCCCUCUCCCUUUACACAGCAGCCCAUAAGCGAUGCGGACCUGGAGCAGGCGGACAAGGCAGCCAGGGCUAGUAGGGAUGGUAGGGAUAAGUUGGAGAGGGCGAGCAGGGGCGAAGUUACAUGCGUGGCUAUAUCAGCCGAGGCAUUGGCAAAGAUGGUUACGAUUCCGGAUAGUAUUCUAUCUCAGCACAAUUCCCUGAUCCCUUCAAAGCUUUCCAUCGGGCAGGCCAUAGAGCGUGCCAUCCGCGAGAUACUUCCAGCUAUUGAACGUUCGGUGGCUACCGGCAUCAAAUGCUCCAGGCAGUUGGUUGAGAAGGACUACUAUUCGGAUCGCGUCGAGGAGCCGGAAGGCAUGAGGGCAAUAGCCGAGAAGAUGCUUCGUUACGUCGGCAGGACCCCAUCUUCUGGCAUCGUUCCGUGCAAGGUGAUGAUGGCCGUUAACGGCUAUUCGCUGGCGCACUCGCUCGCCUCGGUAUCUUCCCGCGUGAUGCUGAAUUCGCUAUUGCUGGAAAAUUUUUUUUCGUUGGUCAGAAAUGGCAUCGAGGACCCUGCCGAGGCGCGCAGUCUGGCACUAGUCCUGGUGCGAUCCAAUAUGGACUUCAUAUCAAAGGUGAUGUCGCAAGUUGUGCAAUCCUUGUUAGUCAAAAUGAACGUGGACACGGGCUUCCCGCCUGAGAGCGUGGACAAGUACGCCCAGAAGCUACCCCUGCUGCACUUUUUGCCGGGCGGAAAAAGUGCCGUCUCCUGGAAGGUCGACCAGCCCGCCCCCGCCCCCGCCGCAGCCGCGGGGGCGUUGGGGGCGAAGAGACCGGCUUCCGCGGAGACCUUCAUCUCCACCCACGUAGAAGACCCAUUCCAGAUCCCCCCAGUCUCCGGGCUGGCCACCAGCCUGGUGCUGAAGAAGUUCGCAGAGUGCAGCACGUAUUUGCGCAGGGCCGUGGCGCAGGUGCUCACCUUCCCGCCCCCGAUGCCCGCGGCCAAUUCCACGGACCAGCCCUGUCUGGCGCGUGGCCUGGCCCCCUCGCAGCCCAUCCCCCAGGCGGAGACGCUGGCCCUCGGGCUGCUGGCCUGUCUGCCCUCGGAUCACCAGAUAUUUUCCCUGGUGCGCUCCAUCAGGUACCUGUGUAGGAACGCUGCCAACAAACCGGAGAUUUACCACACCAUUGGGACCAAGUUGCUGAAGUCUGGCAACGAGGCGAUACUUCAGGCCGAGAAGGCCUCGAACCCCAACCGGAGCAUCGACCAGUCGGCCAUCAUUUUGGAGAUAGAAUUGGCAAUAUUCGAGCUUCUUUGUAGCGAUUGGCCAGGACUGCGCACCCUUACCAGCUCGUUCGUUAUGGUGCCCUCCUACAUGAACGUUAACCGCGUGACGCUGUUUGUACGCUUCAACCUUUUAAACCUGGACACAUUGGACAAAUUUUUAGCCGCACAUCUAGACAACACGCAGGGGGUCAACGCAAAUGCAGUUGAAUUCACCAUUAGGGUUCUACACAAACUACUCGUGGAACACGGAUACGCCACGUGCAGACACUUUUCGCAGUGUAUAACUAAGCUAUCAAAGGUAUCCUCACGCGUGCUGGCGCAUAAACGCACUAAUAUCGGAACGUGGAAUCGCAUGGACUUGGCGGAGGCCAAGAAUAGGGUCCUGCGGGAGUGUAAAAAUGGGAAGCUACGCGGCGAGAGCCGAGUCAGAAGCCUAACCAGCCUACUCAAACAAUACUCCGCCUUCCAAAUGGCCAACGGCCACGCUGCCGUUGCCCACAGGGCCCUUCCCGCGCCUCCCUUCAUAUCGGACAAGGUGCGGCAAGGCGCGGUAGCGCUUUUCACCGAGUGGAUGGCCAUACUAGCCCAUCACUCGGGCAGUGGAGAGGGAGAGUUCCUGCGGAAGCUCUCCAAGGCCGGAUACCUGCGCCUGGAUGAAGUCACUGACAUGUUCUACGUCACCAGCCUCUACCUCUCCCUCUACAUGGCCCACUGCGGCAUUGUUGAGUACAAAAGCGCGAGCGAAAAAUUUGAAAAGUCGGAUCUUGCGGGAAAGGCCUUUUGCGAUGUAUUCCAGCGGGCCGUCCCGCUUCCGGCCGCUGGACAGCCAGAUAUGUCCUAUGUUAAGGGCUGGGCACGCCUGGCCAUACGAAUGAUCACGCUAGUCGACCCGAACCAAAUAUCGCCGGUUUUCGUCCUGCAGAAGCUGCUUCACAUUGUUUGUCGGACGCUACACAAGGCCGCAAGCCUCUCCAUCUGCGUUGCUCUGCAGCGCCCAUUCUAUCGUCUAUUCGAUUACAUCAUCCGCGGAAUCGUCGGCUCGGGCGGAUCCGGCGUAUCGCUGGAGUCGCACCAAAUCGGUCUGCUGCAGUCUGUAGCCAGCGCACUGCUGCUGGUCUCGCCGCUCAGGGUCCCGGACUUUGCUUUUUCCUGGAUGCAGCUCCUGUCGCGGCUGGUCCCGCACCUGAUCUCCACUGACCUGGUGGUGAAGCGCAGGAGCAGCGCAGGGGUAGUCAGCCUGAAGGGCCCGCACCUGUGGGAGUGCCUGUCGCACUUGCUUGUGCAUUUGCUUGAGUUUCUGGUCCAGGUAGAUUCCUGUACGGCGUUAGCCGGGCAGGAGGCCGCGUUGGUAUAUGACGCGGCCCUGUUUCUCUUUUUAUAUAUGUACAACAACUGCGGAGAAUUUCUGGCUGCCUAUGCCCUCCGGUUUAAUGAAGCGAUAGUGGGUGACUGUUUUCAGUUGAGGAACAUUAUUUGUGCGGCCCUUCCGGCGCCCGCCAGCCUCGGGCCGCAGGGCACCAGUGCCCAGGGCCCGGGUGGGGGCGGGGAAAAUUGCGCCGAGUGGGGGCCCUUUAGGGCGCCAGUUAUGACGCCAACCACCUGGCUGUGCGGGGUGCCCGAGCUAAAGACUGCUAUCGACGCCUACUUCUACGCUAGUGGCGGGAAGGAACAUGUUUCCCGCAUCUGUACUUCCCUCCUCAGGGCGGAAGCCGUGGAGGGGGGGAGGUACGACGCCCACCUCCUCAACCAGACCAUUCUCUACGUAUCGGUCGUUCUACCUAAAUACUCGGGCGAGGCGUCGGCUGACACUGGCCGCCGCCUGCUGUUGGAACUAGCCUCUGCUCUGGACGUGCAGGGCAAGUACCUCCUGGCGGCGUCCAUAGCCAACUACCUCAGGUACAACUGCAAGGUAACCGUCUUUUUCCACGAUCUUCUGGUGGAUCUGUUUCUAUCCGACGCCCCUGGCGGGGCCAUGCAGGAGAUCAUCGCCAGGAUCUUGCUUGCAAGGACCCUGGCCCCCGGGCCCAAGCCCUGGGGGCUCCGUCAGCUCGCGAAGUCCUUUGCAGCUUCCCCGAAAAUCGACUUUUGGGCCCUUCCGAUCGUGGCAGCAGUGCCAGCCGUAAAGGCGCUAUUUGGGCAGGCCUUUCACGUCCUUUAG